CACCGUCGCGCGCCAUGGUCGCCACGUCGUCUCCACGUCGUCCGCCACGCGGCGUCCACGUCGACCCGCGGGCCCAGCCGUCGGCGCCCCGGGCUAACCACCCGCUCGCAUUUGCUUCUUCCCGGAUAGGAUCACGAAGUGUUGAUGUGAGAUACGAUGAGUUCUCCGACAAGUUCUUCUGCAGCUUUUCACAGGUACGAGAUGACGACGUUAGCAAGGUUACCCUUCCGGCUUGGCCUGGGCAGGGUUAUGGACGCCACUGGUUAUCUUCAGGACUCUUAGUCCAAUUUGUAUCUUGUCCGUACUCGGAUGUAUUUGAUCUUCUGUAUGAUUUGGAUCCUUGUAUUGUAUAUUUGUAUCUUGACUCGUUGGAGUCGUUGUUGUAAUAUAUGUUUCUUGUGGGCUCUAUUGUAAUCCUGUUGUAAUGUUACCGCUCGUGUUAAUUCCUCUGGCAUCACGUGUGUGAUUCGUCGCGCACGUCGUGUCGGAGGGCGUCUCUGAAUCGAUAUCAUGCGGAUUUCGGCGGGUUCGCUGGGAUCCUCAUGGUACCGGUUCCGGGGCGUCACAAGUUGGUAUCAGAGCUCAGGUUGACGGUACCCCACUAGUCCAGCCUGUA